AUGGAAGAAGAAGAAUUCGAAGAGAAUCCUGGAAAUAACGAUGAUUUUACUGAAGAUGUUGUUGCAUCAACUGGUCUUGGUCUUUCAUUUGAAAAACGUCUUGAACGCUUAAGUCAAUCAGAUCGUAUUGAUCAAUUGUAUGGUUGUUUACGGUAUUCCGCAUUUGAAGAACGUAUCGGUUGGCUUUAUAAUUUACAGCCAUGUGAAUUAUUUGAUGAAGAUCGUCGACGAUUUGUAUCAGCACUUGAUCUGUAUUUUAUUGGUGAAAUAGGCGAUCGAUUUAAAAUAUCCCUCGUCUAUCCACCGUAUUUUUAUGUCGGAGCAAAACUGGGACGUGAAAAUGAUGUCUAUGCUUAUUUAUCAAAACGAUAUCAUAAUCGAUGUUUAUCAUGUGAUCUGCUGGCAAAAGAAGAUUUAGAUCUUCCAAAUCAUCUUGCUGGUAUUCAACGUACAUUUAUUCGUCUCCGCUUUCAUGAUAUUGAUGAUUUGAUGAAAGCUCGUAAAGAGUUACAACCCAUUGUUAAGCGUAAUACUGAACGCGAAAAAGAACAAGAAUCUCGUCCUGAAUUAGCUGUAUUGAAACGAGCUGCAUCUUCAAAUUCGCGAGGUAGCGAUCUUGUCGUUGAUGGUCUUUCAAAUGCAAACAUUGCCGAAAAACAAAUUGACGGUAUCAUUGAACUGCGUGAGUUCGAUGUACCCUAUCAUAUUCGAGUUUGUAUUGAUUUAAAAAUAAAUGUUGGUCUUUGGUAUGGUAUUCGUGGUCAAUCAAGUAGUGGACCACAGAAUCAACUUGUAUUGAAACCAGAACUAAUCGAACAACCCGAACCGAUUAUUUUUGCAUUUGAUAUUGAAUGUACUAAGAUGCCAUUGAAAUUUCCUACUGCUGUAUCCGAUCAGAUUAUGAUGAUAUCAUACAUGGUCGAUACGCAAGGUUAUUUAAUAAUAAAUCGCGAAAUUAUUUCACAAGAUAUUGACGAUUUUGAGUAUACGCCAAAAAAAGAAUAUCCAGGUCAAUUUCAUGUUUUCAAUGAAACGAACGAACUUGAAUUACUCAAACGUUUCUUUAAUCAUAUUGUCGAUGUUAAACCUCAUAUAUUAGUAACAUAUAACGGUGAUUCAUUUGAUAUGCCAUUCGUUGAACAACGUGCACAAUUCUAUGGUUUGAAUAUGUUUAAUGAAAUCGGUUUUCGAAAAGAUUCUCAAGAUUGUUAUUUAUGUCGUCCUUGCAUUCACAUGGAUUGUAUUAAAUGGGUCAAACGUGAUAGUUAUCUACCUGUUGGAAGUCAUGGUCUUAAAGCUGUAACAAAAGCUAAACUGCGUUAUAAUCCAAUUGAAAUCGACCCUGAAGAUAUGUGUCGGUUAGCUGUCGAACAACCGCAAACACUCUCAAAUUAUUCGGUAUCAGAUGCAGUUGCAACGUAUUAUCUGUAUAUGAAAUAUGUUCAUACAUUUAUUUUUGCACUCGGAACGAUUAUUCCAAUGAGACCCGAUGAAGUACUUAGAAAAGGGUCGGGAACACUAUGUGAAACACUAUUAAUGGUACAAGCAUAUAUUGCGAAUGUUAUUUAUCCGAAUAAACACGAAGACGAACAGUAUAAAUAUACCAACGAUGGUCAUUUACUUACUACUGAAACUUAUGUUGGCGCAAGUGUUGAAGCGCUUGAAUCGGGCGUUUUUCGUAGUGAUAUACCAUGUCGAUUUAAAAUUGUUCCUGAAACAAUUCAAUUCUUAAUUGAUAAUAUUGAUCGAAUACUUCAUCAAUCGAUUGAAGUCGAAGAAAAAUUAUCAAUUGAUUUAGUAGAAAAUCUAGCUGAAAUCAAAGAAGAUAUUAUUCAACGAUUACAGCAUCUAAAGAAUGUUCCUAAUCGCCUCGAAAAUCCAAAUAUAUAUCAUUUAGAUGUCGGUGCUAUGUAUCCAAAUAUUAUUUUAACAAAUCGUUUACAACCAUCAGCCAUUGUCAAUUCAACAAUAUGUGCUCAAUGCGAUUUAAAUCGCCCGAAUGCACGUUGUCAACGUAAAAUGGAUUGGAUAUGGCGUGGCACUUAUGUUCCUGCUACCCGUAACGAAUUACAACGAAUUCAACUGCAACUCGAAAAUGAACGAUUUUCAUUCAAUGGACAAUUGAUUGAAAAAAAAUCAUUUGCAGAUUCUUCGAAAAAAGGAAUAAAUGCAGCGAACAAUAACAGUACAUUGUCAUUUCAUGAAUUACCGCAAGAAACACAAACAACUAUUGAACGUAAACGUUUAGCUGAUUACUGUCGUAAAGCAUAUAAAAAAGUGAAUCAUACACGAGAAGAAACUCGCGAGACAACUGUUUGUCAAUGUGAAAAUUCGUUUUAUGUCGAUACAGUACGUGCAUUUCGUGAUCGACGUUAUGAAUAUAAAGGUUUACACAAAAAAUGGAAGAAAAAUUUGGCCACUGCAUCAAAAAAAGAGGAUCUUAACGAAGCUCGAAGAUGUAACAAUUUAAUUGUUAUUUAUGAUUCACUACAACUUGCGCAUAAAUGCAUUCUCAAUUCAUUUUAUGGUUAUGUCAUGCGACGAGGUGCUCGAUGGCAUCGAAUGGAAAUGGGUGGUAUCGUAUGUACAACAGGUUCAACGAUUAUCAAACGUACUCGAGAACUAAUUGAACAAAUUGGACGACCACUUGAACUCGAUACAGAUGGUAUCUGGUGUGUUCUACCAGCAACCUUUCCUGAAAACUAUGAAUUAAUAACACGCGAUCCAGCACGUCCAAAGGUGGUUAUAUCCUAUCCAUGCAGUUUAUUAAAUUUAAUCAUCAAAGAUUAUUAUACAAAUGAUCAGUAUCAUGAAUUGGUUGAUAAAGAAAAACAUCAGUAUGAAAUUCGUGAUGAAAAUUCAAUCUUUUUCGAAAUCGAUGGUCCUUAUCUAGCAAUGAUAUUACCAGCAUCGAAAGAAGAAGGAAAACGCAUUAAGAAACGUUAUUGUGUAUUUAAUAUGGAUGGCUCAAUAGCUGAAUUAAAAGGUUUCGAAGUAAAACGUAAUGGUGAAUUGCAAUUAAUUAAAAUUUUUCAAGCAAGCGUUUUCGAAGCAUUUCUCAAAGGAACAACACUCGAAGAAUGUUACGGUCAUGUUGCAACUAUUGCUGACUAUUGGCUUGAUCUGUUGUUUUCGCAUGCAAAAGAUAUAACAGAUAAAGAAUUGUUCGAAUUAAUCUCGGAACGACGAACGAUGUCAAGAAUGUUAUCAGAAUACGGAGAACAAAAAUCAACAUCAAUUUCGACAGCGAAAAGACUUGCUGAAUUUCUUGGUGAAGAUGUUAUCAAAGACAAAGGUCUCUGUUGUCGUUUUGUGAUUGCUAAUGUUCCACGUGAUGCGCCUGUUACUGAACGUGCCAUUCCAUUGGCUAUAUUUCAAUCUGAACAAUCAAUUCGUAAUCAUUAUUUACGUAAAUGGUUACGUGUUUCAACGGUUGAUAAUCUGGAUAUACGUGAAAUUCUCGAUUGGAAUUAUUAUAUCGAACGUUUUAAUAGUUGCAUUCAAAAAAUCAUUACGAUUCCAGCUGCUCUACAGAACAUUCGCAAUCCGGUACCACGUGUUCCACAUCCCGAUUGGUUACAUAAACGUUUAGUAGAGAAAAAUAGUUUAUACAAACAAAAACGCAUUACUGAUGUAUUUAAUUCCAUUGAUAAACAAACUCUUAUGGACAACAAUGAAGAACGAUUAGCAGUAACAAAUGAUAUUGAAGACAUAGGUGAGCCAACAAAAUCCUCGAUAAAAUUUGCUAAAAAAAUCACAACAAAAACUUUAAAACGAAAACGCGACGAAGCGAACGAUAAAACGCUCACACGUCAAUGGCGUAUCGUUCUUGGUCCUCCGCCACCAUUCGGGCAAACAACCGGUCAACAUAUCAAAUGGCUUGCCUAUCAAAAACGAAAAUGGGAACUACAAAAUGAACAACGGCAACAAUCUUCUGUAACAUCCAACAAUCAACAAUUAUCAACUAAGCACAAGCCUGCAGCCGAUGGAAAAAUCGAUACAUAUAUUCGUCGUGCAGCCGAACAUUUGCAUACACGUCCAUGGCAAAUAGUUUCAUACGAAUUAACCGAUCAACCAGGCAUAUUCAAAGCUUGGUGUUUAGUUGAACAUGAAGUAGUACAGAUAAAAAUCAAAGUUCCAAGAAUAUUCUAUGUUAAUUAUCGUACAUCCAUUGAAAAUAGCGCCGAAGAACAAUUGAAACAAACGCAACGAUCGACUGGGUACGAACGUACAAUGAGUAAUUGUUCAAAACGUGUGAAUCGUUUAUUGCCACGAUGUUCACAGGCUUAUCAUUUAUAUGAAUAUCGUUUGGACGAAAAUAAUUUUCAAGAUUACUAUACAGAUAUCAUGACGGACUUGAGUAAUCCGAAUAUAGAAGGUGUCUAUGAAAUGAAUGUACCAUUAGAUUUUCGUCUACUUCUUACUCUCGGUUGUAUAUGUUCAUUACGUAAAGAACAUUGUCGUACGAAUAUACUUUCGAAUUUGUAUCAAUUUGAUGAACUAGAGUUUUUAUCGCUAUCAGAACAAUCGUAUUUACAACCGGGAACAUUACAAUGUAUUUAUUUAUACAUACAUCAAGAUAAUGGGAAAUUAUUUAUCGCUUUAUUUAUACCGAAUAGUUGCCGAAUAUUUAUUGGUGUAUUGGAUAGUAUUAGAGAAAAUCAAAUGCCAAAUUUAAAUAAAUUACUUAAAAAUGAAUGCGAAAAAAGACUUCAAAGAGGCAUCGAUACCAAUCUAUUACCAAUUAAUGAACAUCAAUUUGAAGUUAAAGUUGAUAUGGAUAUACAGAAUGUAUGGAAGCGAUUUAAUAAAAUUAUUGCAAAUCUUCGCGAGAAUGAUAUGGCAACUCGUUCAUUGCCAAUCUAUUUGGCUAUACAAUCAAAUAUUCCUGUAGCCGAUCUUCAAUCGUCUAUGUUAUCAUCAUUAAAUGAUUAUCCAAAAGUAAUACUAUCAAUAAAAGAUAAACCUAAUCUAUACAAAGGUCUUGAUUGGCAACGAACAGCAGCUCGUCAUGCUUUACAACAUUAUGCAAAUGCAAAUAUCAUACUUGUUAAUAUGCUUGAACAAUGCCGAUAUCUUCAUAUACCAAUAGGAAAUUUUCCUGAUGAUCCAUGUUUAUUCGCAUGUGAUCUAUUUUAUGGUCGACAUUUAGUUAAACAUAAUCAUUUACUAUGGUGUUCAUUAACUGAUCAACCUGAUUUAGGUGGAAAAGAACAAGACGAUUAUCGAAUGUUAUUAACAGCUGAUAUUAACGAUAAUCAUGGAAACAACCAGAGCAAGUCGAAUGAUAACCCGUUUAGCAGUGAUAACGACGGGGCUCAUACAAACAAACAAAAUCAUCCAUUUGAAAUCAAUCAUUCAGGAUUCUAUCCAACAUCGUGUAUUGAAUUUGAAUUAGUCGGUUUGGCUAUAUGUGCUGUUUUAAAUUUUCAAAAAAUUCACGAAGCCGAAGGAUCCAAUUUCGAUCUUGGUUUUGGUACAACUGUACAAAAUCCUUUGGGUGGUCCUGGUGUUGUUCCAUCGAUAAGUAAUACGUCUACGACUGCCUAUGAUGAAACAACACAAUGCUUACCGGCAUUACGUCUUCUACGGCAAAUGGCUCAAGUAUGGUUGCAAGAUGUUCAUUCUUUCACGAAUAUAUUUGCUGAUAUGCAACUGAAUCAUUUCUAUCGUUGGCUACAAUCAACUAAAAGUCUUCUCUAUGAACCUGCGCUUAAACGUACAAUUCAAGUUUUUAUGAGAAAAUUACUUGUGCAAUUACUUAUUGAAUUGCAACGUAUCGGUAGUACGACAAUAUACGGAAAUCUGAAUAAAAUUAUCUUGGCAACAAAACGUUGGUCACUUCUUGAUACACGUUUAUAUAUUAAAGUUAUUCUUGAGCAUCUUCAAUUGAAAGAUUUAACAUCAACAAUAUGUUUAGAAUUAAAAUCGAUCUAUCAUUGUUUAUGGUGGUUUGACGAUAAGAAUUAUUGUGGAUUUCGUAUAUGGUCAAAUACAAAAGGGCAACUCGAUGAUAAUAUUGAUAACAAUGAUGAAGAAGAAACUAUUUUCGAUUGGAAUAUGAUUGUCUAUUUACCACGAGUCGUUCAAGAUUAUUUCGAAACGAUUAUGAUUGGUUUUGCUCGUUCAAUAUACGAUCGUCUUCGUGAUGAAUACAAAGAAGCAACAUCGAUAACACAAACAAAUUUGCCAGUAAAAGUUCUUGAAUAUUGCCGUGGACUAUUCACCGAUGAACUUUAUCAACAAUUAAUGUCGGUCACAAAUCAAAUCGAACGAAAAUUAACAAAAAGCGAUUUUGAUUCAACGCUGCCAACACCCUUAUCAAGUACAAGUCCGGCGCUUGAAUUCGUUAAAUCAGUUUGUUGUCUUCUAUUUCUUUUGCACGAUAUGCACGAUGACGUUAUGAAUCUUCGACGAGAUUUACUUAAAUUACUUAAACUUAGCGAAUAUUCUGAAAUGACAACAACAAAUCUGUCAUCAUUAACAUCGUUCGUUGUACCACAACUUGUUUGUUCAAAUUGUAAUCAUUAUCGAGAUAUUGAUUUAUAUCGUGAAAUAAAUUCAACGAUCGAUAAAGAUUCGGACGACGAACAAUAUCGACAAUAUCAAUAUACCUGCAAUCAAUGUCAUACCCCCUACGAUCAAACAGUUAUUGAACAAUAUUUAAUCAAUCAUUUACAAACACUUGUAUUAGAGAAUGUUCUUCAAGAUGCAACUUGUAAUAAAUGUCAUUUUGUUCGAAAUGUUUAUUAUAAAAUUUAUUGCGAUUGUGGUGAAUUAUAUCAUAAUUUACAUACGACAGCACUUUUACAUAACACUUGUAUUAUACUAACGCAGAUCGCAUCGAAACAUCAAAUGACAGCUCUUCAACAACAAAUACAAUUUCUUAACAGACUGAACCAUUGGAAUGAGUGA